AUGGAGGUGGAGGAGGCGUUCCCGCUGGUGGGGCAGAUGGGGCCCUACCAGGUGUACCUGUGCAUCCUGCUCGCCGUGCUGCUCCAGCUCUACGUGGCCACUGAAGCCAUCCUUAUCGCCCUGGUAGGGGCAACACCUCCUUACCACUGGGAUCUGGAAGAGCUCUCGGCCAACCAGAGCCACGGCAACCAGUCAGCGAGCGAGCAGAGAGCCUUUGGGGAAUGGCUGCUCACUGCCAACGGCAGCGAGGUCCAUAAGCACGUGCACUUCAGCAGCAGCUUCACGUCAAUAGCCUCCGAGUGGUUUUUAAUUGGCAACACGUCGUACAAAGUCAGUGCCGCCAGUUCUUUCUUCUUCAGCGGUGUGUUUGUUGGAGUAAUUUCCUUUGGCCAGCUCUCGGAUCGCUUCGGAAGGAAGAAAGUCUAUCUCACAGGUUUCGCCCUUGACAUCCUGUUUGCCAUUGCCAAUGGAUUCUCGCCCUCCUAUGAAUUCUUUGCCAUCACUCGCUUUUUGGUAGGAGUGAUGAAUGGUGGGAUGUCACUAGUGGCCUUUGUACUACUGAAUGAGUGUGUGGGUACUGCCUACUGGGCAUUAGCAGGAUCCAUUGGCGGCUUAUUCUUUGCUGUGGGAAUCGCCCAGUAUGCUCUGUUAGGUUACUUCAUUCGGUCCUGGAGGACUCUGGCUGUUGUGGUUAACCUGGAAGGAACCGUAGUCUUCCUCCUCUCUCUAUUCAUUCCAGAGUCCCCCCGUUGGCUGUAUUCACAAGGUCGGCUGAGCGAAGCAGAAGAUGCGCUCUACCUCAUUGCGAAGAGGAACCGUAAGCAGAAGUGCACUUUUUCCUUAAAACUUCCAGGAGAGAGGAGCCCCGGAGAGGCCGGCAGCUUCUUGGAUCUCUUCCGCUACAGAAUUCUCUUGGGACGCACUUUGAUCAUGAUGUUCAUCUGGUUUGUGUGCAGCUUGGUAUACUACGGCCUUACCCUGAACGCAGGUGACUUAGGUGGAAGUAUUUAUGCCAAUUUAGCCCUCUCAGGGUUGAUAGAAAUUCCAGCAUACCCAAUCUGUAUUUACUUGAUUAAUCAAAAAUGGUUUGGUCGAAAGCGAACUUUGAGUACAUUUCUGUUCCUGGGAGGCCUGGCUUGUCUUAUUGUCAUGUUUCUUCCUGAAAAGAAAGACGCAGGAGUGUUUGCCGUGGUGAAUAGUCGCUCUCUGUCUUUGCUGGGAAAGCUGACAAUCAGUGCUGCAUUUAACAUUGUUUACAUCUACACGUCGGAGCUUUAUCCCACAGUGAUCAGGAACGUUGGAAUGGGUGCCUGUUCCAUGUUUUCCCGUGUUGGUGGAAUCAUUGCUCCUUUCGUCCCUUCAUUGAAAUCUGUGCAGUGGUCUCUGCCGUACAUUGUGUUUGGAGCGACUGGUCUUCUGUCUGGGCUUUUCAGCUUGUUAUUGCCAGAGACAUUAAACAGCCCUUUGUUAGAAACCAUUUCAGACCUGCAGGUAUGCUCAUACUGGAGACUGGGUGACGAAGCCAUGUCCUUGCAAGCACUGGAUGGCUCCCAGUUGGGAGACAAAGAUAGUUCUGCAGGCAGUGGAAGCGAAGAUGAGGAGUUUUACGAUGCUGAUGAAGAAACCCAUAUGAUCAAGUAAUGGAAAGAAGAAAUGAUGAUCUACUUGAUGCCUUUUCUUACUUGUCCAGUCAGUCCAGCUGUAAGACAAAGAGUACUGGGGACCACUUGUUCAGGGGACAUAAUUGGACAAGUGCCUAUGUCUUUCCUACCCUAGGAAAGGGCUUUGAGUACUGUUCAGGUUCAUUACACCAGUGAUGGUCUCCAUGCUGUUCAAAUUCUUGUGGUUCAGAGUGACAAUGUGCAGCCUGCGUUUGAGGCCAGAUGAGAUGGCAAGGGAGGGAUAAUGUGUUUCAAAAACCUACAAAGUUAUUCAGCAUUUGGGCAGAUCAUCAAUGCACACACUUGCAUUUUCUUUUCAAGGUGGUUUA